AUGUAUACUGUGUUCACGCCAGGAGGCAAAGACGCAUUGGCGAUCGAGAGGGAGUCGCAGAUCUUGGCGAUAUUCGACACCAUGGGACACGGCGUUGUUUUCGACGUGGACGGCGCUGCGAGGCUGUCCUACAACCAGAUCGGAGGAAUUUUUACGGACAAUCCAGCCGGUCUGCCUUUCGUUUGGGCCUGGAACGCGAAUCCGAGGGAGUCGAUGCUCGAGACCGUGUACACGGAAAAUUCAACCGAUUGGCCGCAAAUGGAAUUUUUCCUUCCGACUGGUAGAUCGAUGGAAAGUUCCGGAAAUGUUAAGACACCGGUAUCACCUCAGUCCAGCCUGAGAAAUAAGGAAAAGAAGGUCGCCGAGGUGCAGAAACCUGUUGUCGUGGAACGACAAGAAGAGGUCGGGAGCAAAUCGAAUGUUGAUCAAGAUUUUCCUAAGGAAGACAUCUAUCACAUAAAAAUAAUUUGUAUGAAACUAAAUAAAUUCCUUGGCUUGCGAAUCAUCGAUCGAAGGAACAUCAGUUUACGAUUUUCCGCUAGAAAGAAGAGCGUCAGGAUAGAAUUAGGUACAAUUCUGAAUUUUAAUAAAGAAGUAGCAUCUUACACGGUGGAAUCGCAUGAAUGGAUAAGCGAUAUGCUGAGAUGCAGAUUCCAAGAGAAUUUAUCCAAGAGAUUGGAAUCCGAAAACAGUCUGUACGAUUUAGCUAAGGAAUAUCGAAAAGUGAAGAGAUACGCGAAGGAACGUAAAGCUAUGAUCGCCAAGUACAAACCUUUUUCCCGCGAUCAGCCGCGCCUCUAAUUAAUUAAUUAAUGCAAAACUUAAAAAAAAUAUCUAAAAAUUUGUUUUGAAUAUC